ACCGCUUCGCACCGCGCUUGCGCCGCGGCCGCCGGGGCUGGCACUCGGGUCUCAGCCGCACCGCACUCCGCAGAGCUUUGUCUAGAAGCCGGCGGCGGGAGGGCCCGGCCGGGAGGCGAAGAUCGGGUGUGAGGCGGGAGCCGUGAGGGGGACCCGCGGCCCAGCUGAGUGCCAAGAGUCGAGGGGCGCAGGCGGCCCUUAAGGUGGACUCGCGUUUAAGGUGGACCGGUCCCGUAAGGUGUCCCGGGAGUUAAGGUGGAUCGCGCUUAAGGUGGACUCGCCGCCAAGCCGCGCCUGCGAGGCGGGAAGGGCCGGGGCUCGGCAUGGAGAGCCCCGCCUGAAGCGGCUGCCGGAGGAGCCGCGCCGGUCCGUCCUGAGGAAGAGAUGGGGAAGGCCCGCUGCUGAGGAGCCAACUUCUCCCUGGCCUCUAACAAUGACCAGCUCCCGGCCGUUCUGCAGGAAGAGGCAGCCCAUGGACGAGGGCGAGCUCUGAAGCCGUCCCGGCCGCAGUCUCCCCGCCGGCCCCGGGGAGCCCCCGGAGCAGCGACAUGGAGACGGUGGGAAAGUUUGAGUUCAGCAGAAAGGACCUGAUCGGGCACGGAGCCUUCGCUGUCGUCUUCAAAGGCAGACACAAAGAGAAACCCGAGCUGGAAGUAGCUGUGAAAUGCAUUAACAAGAAAAACCUUGCAAAAUCUCAAACUCUGCUCGGCAAGGAAAUAAAAAUACUUAAGGAACUGAAACAUGAAAACAUCGUGGCCUUGUAUGACUUCCAGGAACUGGCAAACUCUGUCUAUUUGGUUAUGGAGUACUGUAAUGGUGGUGACCUGGCAGACUAUCUUCACACUAUGCGGACACUUAGUGAAGACACCAUCAGGCUCUUUCUCCAGCAGAUAGCAGGUGCCAUGAAAAUGCUGCACAGCAAAGGCAUCAUCCAUCGGGACCUGAAGCCCCAGAAUAUCCUCCUUUCCUAUGCAGGAGGCAGGAAAUCAAAUCCCAACAACAUUCGCAUCAAGAUCGCUGACUUUGGGUUUGCCCGAUACCUACAGAAUAACAUGAUGGCAGCAACAUUAUGUGGUUCACCAAUGUACAUGGCACCAGAAGUCAUUAUGUCUCAACACUAUGAUGCCAAAGCUGACCUCUGGAGUAUAGGAACCAUCAUUUAUCAGUGUUUGACAGGAAAGGCUCCUUUUCAGGCCAGCAGCCCCCAGGACCUUCGUCUCUUCUAUGAGAAAAACAAGAUGCUGAUGCCGAACAUCCCCAGGGAGACAUCAAGCCACCUGAGGCAGCUGCUGCUGGGCCUUUUGCAGCGUAACCAUAAGGACCGCAUGGACUUUGAUGAAUUUUUCCAUCACGCGUUCUUGGAUGCAAGUGCCUCUAUGAAAAAAUCUGCUUCCGUGCCAAUGCCUUCUUAUCCCAGUUCAGGCUCCGGCAGUUCCUCCAGCAGCUCUUCUACUUCCCACCUGGCAUCACCUCCUCAGUCCAUUGGAGAGAUGCAGCAGCAGCUGCAGGAGAAGGCUCUGGCAUCUCCUACCCAGGAUUCCCCUGGCUUUCUGCAUGGAUCUAAGGACUCUGCUGGAAGCAGCAGUAAGAAUUCAUCCUGUGACACAGAUGACUUCGUUAUGGUCCCAGCACAGUUCUCAAGUGAUAUAACUGCAGAGGCUGCAGGAGGGAAACCAAUCCAAGACAGUCUGAUGUACAGUGGGAGUUCUCUGGUGACUUCUGCAGGCUUGGAGAGCCAGGGAAGGACAUCUUCUCCUUCACCCCCAUAUAGCAGUUCUCCUAGUCCAUCCAGCAGGCCAGGUCAGUUUUCUAGCAGCAAGUACGGACACUCCGUGCCCAUUCCAGUCCCAACACAAAUCCAUAACUACCGUCGGAUUGAGCAGAACCUGCAGUCUCCCAAUCACUACACCUCUCCACGGUCUGGUGCAGUCCGGAGAUCUAGCAGUACAAGUCCUCUUGGUUUUCCUAAAACUGGUGCUUCCCCUCCUUAUCCUGGAGAGCAUGGAUCUGUGCCCAGCUCCAGAAAGCUCUCCUUUGGUGGUGCCAAGCCAUAUAUGCCAUCACCCCAAGUUGGAACAAUCCCAGAGCAGCCCAGCCAGACUGUUAUCCCCUCUUCUCUUGGAGCAGAAGUGAGAAGCCGGAUUCCCGUGGCCGGCUCCUCAGUGCCCGAGCACUCUCCUCGAGGGAUGGGCUCCCGGCUCCACAGUGCUCCCAACCUGUCAGAUUUGCAUUCCUGCAGGCAGAAGAUAACCAAGCAGCACUCUGAUCCUCUCGUGGCUCACUUUGGUCAUACCCCAGUCAGUCAGCCUCUGCAGGUUCAUGGCUUGCAGCACUGCCGCCAGCUCAGAUCCUCACCAAAGCUCUCAGAGUUCAUGCAGAGAAGCCCUUUGCCAACUAUAAUGGGCUCCCCUACAAAGGCUGUGUCCCCCUUUGAGUUUCCCAAGACCCCAAGUUCCCAGAAUCUCCUCACCCUCUUGGCCCAUCAGGGGGUCAUGAUGACUCCGACACGGAACAGGACCUUGCCAGAUCUGAAGGAGAUGGGGCAUUUCCACUGCCAGCAAACUGGCUUGGGGCUGAGGCCUGUGGAAGAGAUCAAGGGCAGAUCUCUAAGCACAGGCAGGCUCACUGACCUGCUUCUGAAGGCAGCCUUUGGAGCACAGAUCUCUGAAGCUGGCAGCAACGACAGCCUGAACAAUGAGAAGCCAAUGGAAAUUGCGGCUCCCUCAGGUGCUUACGGAGGGACCCUGCACUCUGGUGCCCGGGCUGGGGGCUCUGCCAGCCCAUCCCCAGUGAUUUUUACUGUUGGAUCCCCUCCCAGUGGAACAACCCCCCCACAGACCACGAGGACCAGGAUGUUUUCAGUGGGCUCCUCCAGCUCUCUCAGCUCUGGAGGCUCAUUCACUGGCAGGCACCUGGCUGUGGGAACUGGUGGGGAUGCUGUGGAAGGACCUUCCAGCCUCCGGUACACUUUUGCUGAUGCCAUCACUGCCAACCUGGAAGGGGCUGUUACUUUUGAAGCACCAGAGUUGCCUGAGGAGACACUCAUGGAGCAAGAGCACACGGACAUCCUGCGCAGCCUCCGCUUCACUUUGGCCUUCGUCCACUACGUGAUGGAAAUUGCUGCCCUUAAAGGCAGCUCCAGUGAGAUGGGCAGCUCAGUGACCUCUGAGUACCAUCUCCAGGAGAGCCUGGUGGCAGACCAGAUCAGCCUUCUCAGCCGGGAGUGGAGCUAUGCAGAGCAGCUCGUGCUGUACCUGAAGGUAGCAGAGCUUCUGUCCUCGGGGCUGCAGAUGGCCAUAGAGCAGAUCAAAGCUGGCAAGCUCUGCCUCUCCUCCACUGUCAAGCAAGUUGUGAAGAAACUGAAUGAACUUUAUAAGUCCAGUGUAUCAUCCUGCCACUGCCUCAACAUGAGACUCCAGAGGUUCUUCUUGGACAAGCAGAAACUGAUGGAUCGGAUCAACAGCAUCACAGCUGAGAAGCUCAUCUUCAGCUAUGCUGUGCAAAUGGUGCAAUCUGCAGCCCUGGAUGAGAUGUUCCACCACAGAGAGGACUGUGCACAGAGGUACCACAAAGCUCUGCUGCUGAUGGAGGGGCUCCUGAACAUCAUCACUGAACAGGGGGACAUAGAAAACGUCAGUAAAUGUAAGCUGUGCAUUGAGCGCAGGCUGUCAGCUCUGCUGUCGGGGUUCUGUGCCUGAUUUCAGUGGUCUUGUUCCUCAUGCACCUCGCCCCAGCUGAUCCCUUUGUUUCCAACAGCCUGCUGCUGCAGUGGGAAACGAGUUUAGCAGUAGGAGGAGACCUGGAGGAUUGAACUGCUCCAAAUGUUUUGUGUUUUUGACAUUCUGGGAAGUUUGUUCCACAGACUUGGAUUCCUUUUUUAGGAUUGUGUGACUGCAGCAAGCACCAACACUUCCCUGCCCAAAGGCCUGGGCGAAGAUGUAGUCACUGUGGAAAGGUUUCCCUCACUGGCAGAGGGGAGGAAGGAUGAAAAUCUGCUUCUCCCCAGCACCUUGAAGGAUAAGACUGCUGCCUACCCCUCUUGCUUAAGAACAGGGUAUUCCAGUGCUGUGUCCAUUGCAGGCAAUGGAUGUGCUGAAACUGCUGGCUUCAGUUAAAGUUGGAGGGUGUCAUUCAGAAAUCAAGGCCAGUUUGUGUACUUUCCCCCACCCCCAGCUGAGAGCCAGGCAUCUUCAAGCUUCCUGGCCACCCAAGGCUUCUCUCCUUUGUCCCUUCCCAUAUGUCUUUAUGUCUUGGAGUGCUUACUGAAUGGCAGAGAGGAGGGAGAAGGUGCUGCAGAAGCAGCUUCUACCUUCUACAGACUCAGCAAACAAGGCAGAGGACACGCUGCUGCGGGGAAGUUUGCAUCUCCCGUGGCUGCCAUGCAGAUUGAUUGCCUCAAAGAGACUGCGGAGGAGACAGGAGUACAACAGAAAGUGGAAUGUUCCUUCCAAUGUGUUCUUAAGAAGCCAAGAUGAAUCUCUUCCUCCCUUGGUCCCCAAGCUCAGCGGGAUCAACAUGAAAGACUCCUGGCUGUUCGGCUCAGCCUGUCAGUACAUAUCCACCAGGAGGAAGCCCUGGCACUCUCCUGCUUUCAGCUCUUGCUCCAUAACCCCUUUCCUGAACCCUCUUCCCAUCCCAAACUGAAAACACUAGCUUUGUGAAUCAAAGGAGCACUUUACACACUAUGGGAACUUUGAGAAGUUGACUUUGCAUCACACGACAACCCAGGAACAUCACGACUGUUAGGAAUGCUGUUGUUAUUAUUCCUUUCCUUGCUUCCUGGUUGUUUCAUUGCACUACGUGUGUGCAUAUAUUAAUAUGUAUUCCUGAGGGUGAAUAUAUAUUGAUAUAUCUAUGGUUUGUGUGUAACUGUACGUAUUUAACUGUACUGUAUCUUGUGAGUGUGAGGCAAAAAAGCACUGCAGAGUCUGUGCUGUUCCUCCUCCACACCAGGCAAAGCUGACUUGCAGUCUGGCAGUACCAAGGUGUGUUGUGUUUUGUUGUUUGUGUUUUUAGUUUUUUUUUAAUUUAAAUGUUCUUAAAAAGGACAGUCAAUAUAAAGCUCCAUGCUUUUUAAGAGCUCAAGAACAGAUGUUAAAACCCUACACACAAUUCGAAAUGCAUUUUUUUAAGAAGUUUUAUUUGCUGCUUCGUUUGUUGUUGGUUUUUUUUAUAUAUAAAGAAAUCUUGUAGUGUUCAGUUUUAUGUUCAGCAUUUCUUUUAAGGAGACUCUAGCCAAAUGAGACUGUGGGUGUGAGUGGCUCGAGUUCUGGUCGAGGCUUUGGAUGCUGUGAGCAUGUGGGUGAGAGGAGAGCUGGCUGCCUUUCCCUCUGUCUGAGUGCGCGUGUGUGUCUUUAAUUUAUCAGAGUCAUGGCAGUAUUUUGGUAGCUCUGGGCAGAAAAGUAUCUUCAAAAGCAACUUGAAACCUCAGGCUUUGGGUUUUUUUUUUGGGAUCUCCAAAUAUUUUGCACGUGGUGGUAAAGUCCUCGUUGCUUUUUUUUUUUUCUCUCUCAAUUCGGGCACGUCCGGUGUGAUACAUCACAAGGGGUUCAGGAGUAACUUGAUUUGCUUUGUUCCAGCAUCAUUGGAUGAACAAGGCAACGUGGGUGUUUCUGAUCACAGAGCAGAAAUACAGAUAAGAAAAUUUUAAAAUACUUCAGGUUGCCCCAUCUAGGGAAGUUUUAAGUGUAGCUUUCACAAGUGCUUCAGUAUUGGGCUCGUGUUACACUGUACAUUCACAGCCUGCUGCUUCUGUGGCCGUUUUGCUUGUGCCUGGGGAAAAAAAAAAAAAAAAAAAGAGGGGAAAAAAAAGAAAAAAAGGCAAAAACAACCAACCAACUCCCCCAGCCUGUGGCCAGAAAUGCCAAGGAGACACAGACUGCUUCUGAAAGGCUUUUACCAGUUCUGCAAAGGGCUGUGCUGCAGGUGGGAGUGGUGCACUGGGAGGCAGCACGAAAGCACUAAAGCCAGGACUGACUCUGCAAUACAGACACCUGCUAUGUACCCAGGACCCCCCCAGCACCCUCCUGGGACCCCCGAGCCUGCACCCACAGCCUCCUGCCAAGGGGAAGCCCAGCCUGGGAUCCACACGUCUGCUGCAGAUCCCCGUGUGUGGCAAGCUCAGCACUAACCUUCCAGCUGUACUUAAUUACUUGAAUGUAUCAAAAUUGUCCACAUUCAAUGUAUACAAGUAUAUAUUGCUCCAAAAAAAUUGUGGUUUACAGACCUACAACCAAUAUAUAUAUGUGUUUGUGUAUAUACAUACAAGGAUAUGUGUGUGUGUGUGUGGAUGUAUAUAGAUACACACACAAAUGCAAACGUGUAUAUAUGUGUUUUCUCUCAAUACUUGAAACUUAGCCACUGUGCUUGAAUAAAAAAAAUAAAAAAAAAAAUACAAAAAAA